AUGAUUCUUAAAUUAACUUCUGAUAAUCUCCCUUCAUCAUUUAAAAACAUUAUAACUGUAAUUAACGAUGAUAUUACAACAAUACGGUCAAAUGUAAAUGAUUUAUUGAGUAUGGCCUAUUGGAUAGAAGAAUUUUCUUUUAAAACUUGUACUAAAUGGAAUGUUAGGACAUCUGUCCCUAAUGGUAAAUACAUUCAAUGCAGAAAACAAUAUGUGUGUCAUCACAGCUCUUACCACAAAGUUGAUAGAGAAAACAACAAAAGAGGUCGAUCAAAAAACACAAGCUGUAAAGCCACAAUUAAAAUUGUCAUUAAAGUUGAUACUGUUUCCACGAGGAAAACAGACCCAUUUGUAAAAGAUGGAUUACUAGCUGUAAUCACAAUUUUUAAUGAACAUAAUCAUAAUUUAAACACUGCUGAAGCACUGAGAUACUUAAGUGCAAACAAGCACAUUAGAAUGAAGUUUGAAGAAUAUUUCACAGAUGGUAUGACCAUAACAGAAGCAAUUCGGUAUCAUGAAAGUGUUCUAACUAUAUCUGAUUGUCCUGUUGAAGUUUUUGCAAAUGCUGGAAUUAAUCCAACAUACAGAACGAUACAAAAUUGGCAUGACCAGUGGAGGGUGUUAAAUCUAGGACCACGUACUGGAGAAGGAGUUAUGAAGAAAUUAGAAGAAAAAAAAGAAACCUAUGCUGAAAGUGGAGUUUCAAUAUUCUCCCAGUCUGAACCAUUUGCUGUGCUAAUAUUAACACCAAUCAUGAAACGCGCCCAUGACUUACCUUUAUCAAAAAAAAUAGUAUUUGUUGACUCAACAAGUUCAUGUGAUCCACAGAACCAUUGUGUAACUUUUUUAUUGACACCAUGUGCAGCUGGUGCCGCUCCUUUAGGUGUGAUAAUUACACAUGGUCAGAGUGAAAAAGCAUAUAAAAGUGGAUUCAGUCUAAUUAAGAAUAAUGUAAAAAAUGCAUUUGGAGGACAAGGCUAUCCUUCUAUAUUUUUAACUGAUAACUCUGAUGCCGAAAUAAAUGCUUUAAUGACAGUAUGGCCAAAUUCAACUUCACUUUUAUGUAUUUUUCACGUUAUGCAAGCAGUUUGGAGAUGGUUAUGGGAUAGCAAAAAUAGCAUAAAGAAAGAACAUCGGACAAUAAUGAUGCAAGCAUUUAGAAAGAUGUUAUAUUCUGAUACUACUGAAGAAGCUCAGAAAGCAUUUAACUCUACCCUUGAUGCAGGUAGCAUGUAUCCAAAAUGGCAGAAAUAUGUAAUUGUACAUCACUGGGAGCAUAAAGAGCGUUGGUGCUUAGCUUGGAGGGACCAUACAACUAGAGGCCAUCAUACAAAUAAUUAUAGUGAGGUGUCUGUUAGGAUCUUUAAAGAAAAUGUUUUAUGCCGAGUAAAAGCAUAUAAUGUUAUUUCACUAAUAGAUUUUUGUUGCACAAAAUUGGAAGAAUAUUAUAAAAAAAAAUUUCUUGAGUUUUCCAAUGACAGAAAAGCUACGGCUCGCUUAUAUUUUGAAAGCAUAAUCAAGAAAAGUAAUUAUGUUACGAAAGAUAAAAUUAUUGUAGAAGAUGAGCAUUACUAUGUUCCUAGUCAAAAUGAUCAACAACUAAUGUACUGUGUUGAGCCAAGUAUAGGAAUUUGCUCUUGUAAGGAAGGCAUGUACGGUAGAUUUUGUAAACACCAAGGAAUAAUUUAUGUAUAUUAUAAAUGUGUGGGGGUUAAUUUUCCACCUAUAACUGUAGAGGAUAAAUUUGCAAUAUCAAAAUUAGUAUUGGGCGACAAAGCGCCUUGUAAGACAUUUUAUGAAGGGCUUAUACCUAAAGAGGCAUUACACCAGCAACUCGAAACUCAUCCAAUACACUUGCCUAUAUCAGAAACUCAUGGGCCAGAUGUAAAUAAUAUACCUGAAAACAACUAUAAUAUUACAAAAAAAAAUGUAUUCAAAAGUACAACAGUGCCCAAUGAAGACAGUCUGAUAUCAAAUACACAGGAUAGUUAUACAGUAUUGGAAGAUAUAAAAACUCUAUUGACUAACAAUGUAAAACAGUUCAGCCAAUCUACUCUUGAAAAUUUACUUAAAUUUAAAAAUAGAUUGGAUAAAGUAAAAACAGAAGGGCAAUUUAAUACAUUUUUGGCAACUGCUGGUUCUGAGGCAAUACCAUUACGGCGUAGAGAGGGUGCAGCUAUUAGAGUACAGCCGACUACAAUUUCUAGGCGUAGACCAGGGAUAACAAGAGGUAGCAAGCGUUUACCAUCAGGUAGACCAGCUUUAAGUGAUCAUGGUACAUCUAAAAAAAACCCCAGGAAACUAUUACAAAACAUAAAACAUUGUUUGCCUAACGGAAAAUCUCAUUGA